GUAUCUAGGGGAGACUAGCCUUGCUCGGCCGCAUCAAGGCAUAAACUAUAGGUCAUGAUGUUCUCCUGGGCAGUGCUUGUGAUCAACAUGGGGACAACAUAUCUUCAAAUGAUGACGGGCGUCGUCUACUUACAUUAUCCACAUGAUCCUUUCUAAGUUGCUCAUCCAGACUUUCCAGAUUAUCAUCAUAUAGGUAGCAAGUGCGAUGACCUGAGAGUCAGAAGACCUCGAGUCACUGUACCUCCAUAUUUUAUGCCUCAGCAACAGAAAGCUCUUAUUUUUCCCCAAAAGCGGGCCAACCUCAAAGUCGGCUCUCGCAGCAUCCCUAGCCCUGGUACCAGGCAGCUCCUGGUCAAGAUUCACUCUGCUGUCCUGAACCCAGUUGACUACAUGAUACGUAACACUGGAGUAUUUUUGACCCACUACCCUGUCAUUUUGGGCGUGGACAUCGCUGGCAUUGUCGAAGAACUAGUAGGAGAAGGUGUUGAGAAUUUUUGCAAAGGCGAUAAAGUAUUGGCGCAUGGAAGUUUCCCUAUCAUCGAUCAAGGUGCGUUUCAGCAGUACGCGCUGACCGUUGCGACGCUCACUGCAAAGAUUCCUUCAAAGCAAUUUUUCGAUAGCGCAGCUACCGUUCCUCUGGGGUUGGAUACUGCAGUAGUGGGCUUGUACGGAAGUCUCGUCAUACUUAACGGCUCGUCUUCUGUGGGUUCAUACAGCAAGCGGGCCAUUCAACUGGCUCGUUUUUCAGGAUUCGAUCCUGUUGUUACUACAGCAUUCCCUAGCAAUGAAGACCUUGUCAGGGACUACGGCGCAACUCACCUUUUUGACUGGCAUCUUUCCGGCAACCAGCUAGUGGCGGCCAUUGGCAAAGUAAUCGAUAGUCCUUUCAGGAUCGUUUUUGACGCUAUCUCGCUGCCAGAAACACAGUCCGUUGAAUGGAGAUUGCUGGCGCAAAAUGGCAUCAUUGUAUUAACCCUUCCUGCAUCAGUCAAGGAAGAUGAAGGCAAGGGGCACAAGACCAUUUACAUCAACGGGGACCCGCAUCUCCCGUACACUCACGAGCUAUUCUGCAACUCCUGGGCUAUGGUCGAAACGUGGCUCUUAGAGGGUAUUAUUCAGCCGAACAACCAUGAAAUCCUUCCGAAUGGGCUCGAAGGUGUUAUUGGAGGGCUGGAAAGGGUGGGGAUGGGACAGGUGUCUGGAGUGAAGUUGGUUGCUCACCCUCAGGAAACACAGUAAUUUAAUGCAUGUUUUGCGGUCACCAACUCGAGUGUAUUAGUAGUAUGUAGUAUGUAGUAAUCUAACUCGAUCGAGC